ACCCUCUUCCUCUCCCUCAUUUCAACAUUUUUUCAACCCCUUUCUCUCACUGCUCCGUCUCUCUCGAGACGAGACCAAAUCCUCCCCGAUUCUCCCCCCAAAAUCUAGCUCCCCUUCGUUAAAAAAGAAAAGAAAAGAAACGAAAAGAAAGAAAAUAUAUAAAUAACAGUAAAUAUAAAUAGAGGCAUGGAUCGGAGGAGGACAGCGAGUCCGGUGUACGGCCGGCAGUGGAGCGGGGGAUCGAGCAGCUCGGGCUCGUCGUCUCCUGCUCAUCCUCAGUCGCGGUUGCAUCCGGGUGCCGCCGGUGGUAUGUCCACCAUCAAGCGCACGCAAAACGUCGCCGCGAAAGCCGCCGCUCAACGGCUCGCUCAAGUCAUGGCUUCGCAGACACCCGACGACGACGAGGAAGACGACGAUCUAGGGUUCCGGUUCGGCGGUCCUCCUGUACCUACUAGCUUCUCCAAUAGCAGUUUAAAUCACAGUACUUUGCCGGCUAUCUCAGUCACUCGGCCUAAUAGAUCUCCCUCUCCUGCGCUAGGUCGGAAUUUUGUAGAGCAUGCGCCUUCGGUGAGGUCCACGUCAGCAGGGAGGCCGGCAAUGUCGAUGCGGUCAACGGCGCCAACUUUGAUGCCGCCGAGUAGAACUUCAGUUCGGACACCAGUUACUAUACCCCCGAUUGAUCCUCCAAAUAGGAGCAGAGAUAAAAGGUUUACAGCUGAUGUAGGACAACUCAAAGCAAAAGACACUGGAGAUCAGCGUGAAGCUUCUGCACUUCGUGAUGAACUUGAUAUGCUUCAAGAAGAGAAUGAGAAUCUACUUGACAAGCUUCGUUCUGCAGAAGAAAGACGUGAGGAAGCAGAAGCAAGAGCUAGGGAGCUUGAGAAACAGGUUGCUUCCUUAGGAGAAGGUGUAUCUUUGGAAGCCAAAUUAUUAAGUAGGAAGGAAGCUGCUUUGCGUCAAAGAGAGGCAGCGCUCAAGGCUGCAAAACAGACAAAGGAUGGGAGGGAGGAGGAAAUUGCAGCCCUUCGUUCAGAACUUGAGAAUUUGAAGGAUGGGGCUGCAACAGCCGUGGAACAGGUCCAUGAAGCAGAAUCUGAAACAAAAGCUCUUCGCUUAAUGACACAGAGAAUGAUUUUGACUCAGGAAGAGAUGGAGGAAGUUGUCCUGAAGAGAUGUUGGCUUGCUCGUUACUGGGGGUUGGCUGUACAGCAUGGCAUAUGCGCAGAUAUAGCAGUGUCAAAGCAUGAAUAUUGGUCGGCAUUAGCUCCUCUUCCGUUUGAAGUUGUUGUUUCGGCGGGACAGAAGGCUAAAGAGGAGUCCUGGGAUAGAGGUGGUGGUGAUCCAGACCGGAGUAAACUUGUUCGGGAUUUGAAUGAUCUGACAGGAGAAGGAAAUAUUGAGAGUAUGCUUUCGGUUGAAAUGGGCCUAAGGGAAUUAGCAUCUUUGAAGGUUGAAGAUGCUGUUGUACAUGCUUUGGGCAAGCACAGACGACUGAGUUUCCUUCAUCAAUCCGUUGCAGAUUCCAAAUCACCUGGUGAUCCCAAGUUGAUAGAUGCAUUUGAACUAAGUGAAGAGGAGGGAGAAGAUGUUCUUUUCAAAGAGGCUUGGUUAACAUAUUUUUGGAGAAGAGCCAAAGUACAUGGUGUGGAAGAGGAUAUUGCAGAAGAGCAGCUUCAGUUUUGGAUCAGACGUAGUGGGCAGUCCCCUACUUCACACGAUGCUGUGGAUGUCAAUCGAGGUUUAUUUGAGCUUCGUAAGUUGGGGAUUGAACCGCAACUCUGGGAAGCAUCUCGUAAAGAAAUUGACCAGCCAUCUGCUGCUUUGUUGUCUAACCACAAAUAUUUGGAGGACUCGUGAUUUGUUUCAUCCUCACCUCAUCUUCCCUUCUCUUUUUUUGCUGUUUUUAUAAGUUUGCAUCAAUUUUAAGUUUGUAUAUCUUUUCUUCAAUUUUUUUUCAUAUUAAUUUUAUUAUAGCUUGCUUAAAUUUCACAUUUUUGCUUUCUUGUCUUUGGUGUAAUUCAACGACGCGAUACCUGGUGUAAUAGAUCUUGAGACUAGUUUGCGCUUCAAAUGAAAAUCCUCAGAUUUUGUUA